AUGCGGAAUGAGCCAGGAGCCGGGAAGACGCACGUGAUCACUGUCUCCACCCCCGCACUUUUCCCCCGCCUAUUCGACCUCUUCUCUUCUUCCUCUUGCCUCCGGCCGCCCUAUCGAGAGAUCGAGAUCGCGACGUCGAACAAGGCGAUCAGGACGAGGGUGAAGGCGAGCAAGAAUCUCGCUUGUUGCUGGCAUGCAGAUUGGCGGAUGCUCAUGUCCAAGGUCAACGGAUGGCUGGCAGAUAUGACAUCCUCACCGGUCAGCUUCGUCAUCUUUGACUGA